AUGUCUCACCAGGGAGGCCCCGGCACUGGCUCGCUCGGUGGCCCGCCUUCGGGCCACAACUACAAGAGGGCAGUUUACCGCCCGUCACCGAAAGAGUUCACCGUAGAUGUCCUCCCGCCGACCAAGAUGGGCAGCGGCUUUUGCUUCGGCAUGCGCAUAUGCCCCAUCUUCACUGAAGAAACAGACGUCCGCUCGACGCGCUCGGGCAGCUCCCACAGCGAGUACGAAGUUUGGCGCCGGUGGGAGGACUGCCUCUGGUUCCAGGAGAUCCUCGAGUCCGAGUACGCGCUCAUGGCCCGCCAGAAGCGCACACGGCUGCAGGCUGGAAAGGGCGUGAAGAAGAACGGUGUCUACGUCCACUCGGACCAGGCUGCGUCUUUCGACUCUCUCCCCCCUGGUCCAGACGCGAACACCAUCGCCAAAGAUAUCCAUGAACACAUCCCCCGCCUCACCAAGAAGGGCACCCUCUUCCGACCCAGCCAGGCGACUAUCGACCAGCGCGGACGCGAGUUCAAGGAGCUCAUAGAGGCGAUGUGGAGGGACGACAUCCCGAGCCUCAUCCAGGAGCUGCGCGAGACCCGUCUGGUCCGCGACUUCUUUGGAUACUGGCGGCGCGACCUCGACCACGACAGGAAACGCCAGUCCGCGACCGGAAGGGACCGGACCAGUGCUCGUCAUUCCGUCGCCAGCAGCGCAUUCUCCAUGUAUUUCUCCGCCUCGAACAUCUCCCUCCAGCUCCCUACCCCUUACGCCGAUCUUCCUCCGUCUCCCGCCCUCCCAAAUCCCCAAUCACCGCUCUCUCAAGAGUUCCGCCGCAACUCCGUGCAGAGGGACGAAAGCCGGCGCCGCUCUUCCGGAGCCCCACCUUCGAACUACGCAACGUCGGACUCUUCGGCCUCUACGGUCAGCGUCGCGAGUCUCGCCCGCGACGCGCCCGGAUCCCCGCAAGACAUGACGUUCUACGUCUCGACCCGUGGGUCGCUCGCUCUCAGCGUCGCCCACGAUGAAGACCUCGACGCCCGUGCGGAAUACAUCAACGCCCCACUAUCGGCGCCCGCGCGUGUGCAACCGCCCCACCCAUGGGCGCGGGACUCCGACCGCCCAUACUCCUCCUCAGACGACGAGAUCUACCCGCCCGAUACGGGCAAGCCCCGGGUGGACCCCCUUGGCCCUGUCCCCGGCGAAUUCCACCCCGGCCUGGAGGCGCUCCCCGAAGACGGCGAGUUCGAGCAGGAGCUCAACGUCCCCCUCACUGUAUCCCCGCACGAUGUCAUUGAGGAGGUGCCUUGCACGCCUGUCCCCCGUCGAUCACGCAACAACUCGUGCCCAGACAAGUCGAACCGGCAGUGCCUCAUCUUCCCGCAAGACGAUCCGCGGAGCGCACAGCCCGGCGCCCGCUUCACGGCCCGCGCUGAGCCGCAGAUGGACACGCGCACGUACUCGAACACGUCCUCGUCGUCGACCUCCGGGCGGUCGUCGCACGCCGCGUUCUCCAGCUUCGCCGGCGACUCGCGCCGCUCGUCGUGGCGGACGUCGAUGAUGUCCGAGACGAGCGGCGCGCCGUCGUUCGCGACGAGCUUCGCGAACGGCUCGUGUGCCAACUUUGAACGCGGGCCGUCGCGGCUCUCGUUCGCCACCAGCUUCGCCGGCAGCUCCGACGGGCGGGCGACGGCUCUCGGCCACCGCCAUCGAGGCUCGAUGGCGACCCUCAGCUCGUUCCUCUCCGACCUCUCGAUCGACUCGAAUGCCUUCAACCGGGGACUCACGCCGUCGCCGUCGAACGGGACCCUCCGUCGGUCGCUGUCGGCCGGAAGCCGGCGUCCAGCGAGCAGCAUCAUGGCCACGCUGGACCGGCAGGAGGACUGGUACGAGCAGCAAGAAGACCUCCUGGACGCGUACUUCUACGACCCGGGUAUGCACGCCAACCAAGGCCAGGCCCUCGCACGCACCCCGUCCCCACGAGCCCGAGACCCCACGCUCCAACCGCUCCCCUUCCACAAGGAAGUCUCCUCCCCUGACCGCUACCCAAAGCCGUUCCGGGACCGCCCCCCAGGCCAGUUUCACCUCCCGUGGACGCCCCCGACGACGCCCGGCCAGAACACCCGCGCGCUCCCGUCCGCGUCCCCCACGUCCCCCGCUCCGGAGGGGAGCGUGACGCUCAAGGCAGUCCUGCACGAGAGCAUCGUGCUCCUCCGCGUCGCGCGCGGGGCGCCGCUCGCGGACGUGCGCCAGCGCCUGCGCGACAAAUUCGCGGCGCAGGAGGGCGUGACGCUCGCGCCGACGUUCGUCGUCGGCUGGGCGCCGGCGCCGGCGCCCGGGGCCGCGUCGCUGCGGGGCCGCCCGCGCUCGAACUCGGCGAGCAGCGUGGGCGCGCUGCCCCCGCACGCGCUCCGGUACGUGUACUCGGACGCGGAGUGGGCGGUGGCGGUCGCGGCGUGCCAAGGGGGCAAGAUGACGAUCCGACUGUUCAACGCGCAGCCGCUGUGA